AUGAAGCUCUUGAUCUUUCUUGCUCUCCUGGGAGCUGCUGUUGCUUCCUCCACUGACGAUGAUGACAAGAUUGUCGGGGGCUACACCUGUCAGGCGAAUUCUGUGCCCUACCAGGUGUCUCUGAACGUCGGCUACCACAUCUGCGGUGGCUCACUCAUCAGUAACCAGUGGGUUGUGUCUGCUGCUCACUGCUACCAGUCCCGAUUCCAGGUGCGUCUGGGAGAACACAACAUUGCAGUCACUGAGGGCAAUGAGCAAUUCAUUAAUUCAGCCAAGGUCAUCCGCCACCCCAGCUACAAUUCAAGGACCUACGAUAAUGACAUCCUGCUGAUUAAACUGAGCUCCCCGGCCUCCAUCAACUCUAAAGUGUCUGCGAUCUCUCUGCCAGCAUCUUUCCCAGCUGCUGGUUCCCAGUGCCUCAUCUCUGGCUGGGGAAACACCCUCAGCAGUGGCUCCAACUACCCUAACCUCCUGCAGUGUCUGAAUGCUCCCAUCCUCUCCGAUAGUUCUUGCCGCAGUUCCUACCCAAACCAGAUCACCAGCAACAUGUUCUGUGCAGGCUUCCUAGAGGGUGGAAAGGACUCCUGCCAGGGUGACUCUGGUGGCCCUGUGGCUUGCAGUGGAGUGCUCCAGGGCAUUGUCUCCUGGGGCUAUGGCUGUGCUCAGAGAAACAAGCCUGGUGUCUACACCAAGGUCUACAACUACGUGAACUGGAUUAGGCAGACCAUCGCUGCCAACUAA